AGCAGAGCGAACGCACGUUCGCCGGGGGCAGCGCAGCGCGCCGCCGAGGCGCUUCUCUCCCCUCUGCCUAUAUACCUAUAGCUAUCAUAGUUACAGGACUGUUGUACCACUGAGUUUGCAGUGCUUUGACUCGUCACCGACGACGACGAUGCGGUCAUAGUGUCAUGUAUAUUUUGGUGAUUUACAAUAUGAUGUUGCUGUGAAGGUGCGCGAUAUCGCAGCGGAUGCUAUAAUCGACAUAGGUAUCUUAAGUGCCGCGGGUGUGAUAAGGAGCUGCUGCCUUCGCUCAUAGUGUGUCACCGGCAGCUCACCUGAGUUGCAGCAGCAGCAGCAGCAGCAGCAGCGGAAUUUGACACCACAGGGGCAGCAGCAGCAGGUUCUCGGAGGAGCCUCAACGACGACGACAGGUCGCUAGGGGGGAAACUCGAGAGCGUAACAAACGGAAGCUCUCGCUACCUCUCUACCGGCAGAGCCACUUCCAGAUGUCCUACGAUUCAAUGAGGCAGCAUUGAAUCGUUCCGAGAAAUGUCCGACAAAGAUCGAAAGAGGUUGCCUAGCUGACAAACAAAUCCACCGUUAAAAUGACGCAGUUUUUGUCCACCAGCGAUAAUGACGUCGGAGACGUCGUCGGCAGCUGACAGUCCAGCGCUGCUGCAUCGGCCCCUGUUGACAACGUAUUCCGACAGCGCAGCUCUCGGCGCCUACAGUAGCCGGACCGGUUGCAGCGCUGGGCUCGACGCGACGACUACUGGCUCGCCCCGAAGAACGACGACGGCGACGAGCAGCACGACGUCGCCGCCGACGGCACGAUUCUCGCCCCCCAGUGUGCGAUUUCACACCCUCGACAUGGACCAAAAGACGCUUAGGAGCGGCGGCGUAGGUGGACGUCUGGCAGCCCCGCGGAUGUCACUGCUGGGACGCCCGGUGAACUAUCGGGCGACUCGUCGCGAUGCCCGCUACCGGCGACUCCAAGCCCGCGUCUACAAUUUCCUCGAGCGGCCCCGCGGCGUUUAUGCCGUCACGUACCACAUGAUCGUAUUUUGUAUGGUCUUUAUGUGCCUGGUCCUCUCGGUGUUCAGUACGAUAGACGAGUACGAGAAAGAAGCUGGAGUUCUCCUUUUUUACAUGGAAAUGGUCGUAGUAGUCUGGUUCACCGCUGAGUUCUUUUUUAGGUUAUGGUCGUCAGGAUGUCGCUCGAGGUAUCAAACAGCCAUCGGUCGGCUGAAGUUCCUUCGGCGGCCGUUCUGCAUCAUCGAUGUGAUAACGAUAAUCGCGAGCGUGGUCGUGCUCGCGAUGCGGAGCAGCGGCCAGGUGUUCGCGGCGAGCGCCCUCCGGGGUCUCCGAUUCUUCCAGAUCCUCCGGAUGGUGCGGAUGGACCGCCGCGGCGGCACGUGGAAGCUCCUGGGCAGCGUCGUAUACGCUCAUCGACAAGAACUUAUUACCACGCUUUACAUCGGCUUCCUCGGACUGAUCUUCGCCAGCUUCUUGGUCUACCUCGCCGAGAAGGACGACGAGCACUUCAAUAACUUUGCCAAAGCCCUCUGGUGGGGAGUGAUCACACUCUGCACCGUGGGCUACGGCGACGCCGUGCCAAAAACCUGGCAGGGCAAAGUUAUCGCUUCCUUCUGCGCACUGCUCGGAAUAUCCUUCUUCGCCUUACCAGCUGGAAUUCUGGGCUCGGGAUUCGCCCUGAAGGUCCAGCAGCAGCAGCGCCAGAAGCACAUGAUCCGGCGAAGACAGCCGGCUGCCAGUUUAAUUCAGGCCCUCUGGAGGUGUUACGCGGCCGACGAGCACAGCAUGAGCGUCGCGACCUGGAAAAUUCAUCAAGUUCCGCUGCCAAGUCCGCCAAGUAGUCGACCCUCUUCUAGCUUUAAGCACAAUGCGUCAUUUGUCAGCCGGCUGCCAACGAUUCGGCGGCCCAAGAGCACCUCUUUGCACAGUCCUAGCCUUCACAAACUCGUUCAUCAGGGCUACCAAAGUCAGCGGGGAAACGUUACCCGGGGCUUCGCGGAUCUCAUCGCCUCGGCCGAGAAUUUGGACAAUGAGAAGGCGGCACGAAUUCUAGGUGGUCAGCCAAACACCAACGGCAACAGCAACAACAGCAACGAGCAGACUGGUGGUGGUGGGGGUGGCAUGACCACCGGCAGACAAUUAAACGCGAGCUACUCGGAGGAUUCCGUGACGGAAACGGCCUUGUCGAAGAGAAAUUCCGACGCAGCGAAGUACCGGAUUGGGAGAUCGUCGUCGACCCUCGAGCUGCGCGAGCUGCGCAUCGACGGUCUGAUCGGUCGACUCGGCGAGACAUCCUCGACUCUGCCGCUAGCCCUCGCGGGUCUAGUCUCCCCGCUGCCCCCGCUGCCGGAACUCCUUGGAUCGCCGACCUCCCCGAACGCGUCUCCGACCUCCGAGAAGAAUGAGGACGAGGAGCCUCGAUGUGUCCAGCUAACGAAUCAGCACAAGGCCGCGAUUAGGGCGAUUCGAAAGCUGAAAUACUUCGUGGCCCGCAAGAAGUUCAGGGAAGCCCUGAAACCUUACGACGUCAAGGACGUGAUUGAACAAUACAGCUCCGGCCACGCCGAUCUACUGAAUCGCGUACGAAAUCUGCACUUCAGGUUAGAUCAAAUUUUGGGUAAGCAAGGUUCCAAGGCGAGGGACGUUUACGCUUCGAAGAUUAGUUUAGCCUCGAGAAUCGUGAAGGUCGAAAGGCAGGUCGAUGACAUCGAAAUGAAACUCGACCAGCUUAUCGAGCUGUACAUGGAGGACCGUAAGCGGCUGCUGGCGCUACCGACGCCGGAACCGGGACCAGCUUACGGCAGCGGUGGUGGUAAUGGUGCUGGUGCGGCAGCCGGAGUAGGUGCCGGGACGAGCGGCGUCGCGCCGGACACGCCGCUGUCCGCGGGCCUCGGGGCGCCCGGCAGCUGCGGCUUCGUCCUCAAGCCGAUCCUCGUGGACAAGCAGCUGUCCGAGCCGAGCUCCCCGACGAGCGGUAACUUCCGCGAGACGACUCCCGAUCGCAGUCACCACCACCACUACCACCACCAUCACCCCGGCGGCAAGCCCAGGCAGAUGCACCGGGGACACUCGGACCUCGGCAGUCGCGUCAAGAAGCGCGUUACUCUAAGUUCCAUUCCGUCACACUUGGUGCUUCCGGUGGACGCGGGCAAGCCACCCCGACUGCCAAGCUCGCCGACGAUCCAGUCGGCGCCGCCCUCGGCCAUGACCACGAGGCAGGGCGACGUCGUGAUAAUGGUGCCUCCGCUCGCCGGUGCCGGCUCGGAUUCCGAGGCCAACCCCGAGCCCGAAGACUCGAGGACGACGCAGGCCUACUCCUCCGCCUCCUCCACGACGGCGGUGACGAGCGUCGCCGGGCAGGUCGAAUUGCCGAGCAGCGCGCAAACCGCCGACGAGUCCUCCGGUGGGUGUAAGGAUCAGUUCAACUUUUUCCUCAAUCGGCUGGACGAGCACGAGGGCGUAUACUCGCCGGUCGAUUCGGAGGAGGACGACGAGGAGGACGAGGAAGAGGAGGAGGACGAAGACGAGGAGGAGGAAACGGACGAGCGCGGCGAGCCCGACUACGAGGAGGAGGAGGAAGAGACCUCCUGCGAGAACACGGCCCUCCUCGGCUCGGGCAGCGUGCGUACCCAGAUCAUCGUGACCCCGAGCAUGUCGCCGGUCCAGAGCAGCCAGGACCUCGCCCUCGUCGUCGAGCACCACCACCAGUCGGAUUCGCGUUCCUAGCCUCAUCCUCGCCGUCAACAGCACCAACACCGUCCCUCGUGCGGAGCCUACAGGAUGCUGCGACAUUAGCUUUAACACCCGCGACACCACGCUCACACACUCAUAGUCACACCGAGAGAGCGGGCUUGUGUACUGUAUACUUGUUUAUCAUAGUCUCGAGGGGGGGGGGGGGCAAAGAGGUUCUUUGGUCUGUGCCUAUCUUAGUUCGAAGUCGCGAAGCUGUACGGCAUUGGUUCGGGGAAGCUUGUCGGUGAGGCUUGGUUUCCGCCGUUUUUUUUUUCUUCGAAUUCGAAAGGGUGAUCGUUAAUUUCUAGUCAACUAUAAUGUACUUCGUCGAUAGAGGAACCAAGUCCAACCGAGAGCUCGUUUACGGUCUAGGUAAAUCAUCGUUAAAUACUGCGUUGAAGGUUGUUGAUUAUUGUUUUAGUUCUCGUAGUCAAUGAUACUUUUAGUUUAAGUCAUCGCAAUCUCUGAAAUUUUGUAUAGAUGCGUGUACAAAUUUUAGAAGAGAUACGCUAGUGUUCGACUGUAAGAGUGUGUACAGAGUCUGUAUGAACUUUUGUUAUGAUUUAUACUUUGAGUUUUAUACUUUGUUGUUAGAGAGUGUACUGCUUUGUCAAACUAUCCAUCGGCAACACCACGACUCACGACAGGAAGUAAAGUACGCUAUAUACGUCCAGUUAUAUAUUAUUCGACAUUUUAUCGCUCGAUUCUCCGUCAGAUGCACUCCACAUAUAGUUUUACCUCGUUAAGGCAUAAUAAGUCUGUUGAAUUUGUUAGAUAUAGUCAACGAUCGUUUGUUAUAAUCGAAUAAACAAUGCCAUACAGCGAGCAUGCGAAGAGGAAAAGAAAAUCGUCGAACAACGACAGGGUCCAGCUCCUAUAUAUAUAUAUAUAUAUAUAUAGUUGUAUUUAUACAUAUAAUAAAUAGAUCGAUUCUCAUAGCCCUCCGGCAGGGCUAGUUCUAGUAUAAACUCGUUUCUUUCUAUAUCAGUUAAGAGCUUCGGUUUGUAAAUCGCGCUAGUGAAAGCCAAAGGGAGAAGUGGCACAACGAAAGGAGCACUGAGAACAAGAAUAUAUAAGAGCGACGGCUAUAAUAGGUAGAAAUCGAAAGUGCUAUAUAU